AUGGAUCAUCGUGAAAUGAAUUCUGUGUCCUGCGCAAAUUGUGGCAAGCCAGCAACGACAAAAUGCUCUGGUUGUCUGGCCGCACCGGAGUAUCAACCUGGGGAUGCGCCAACGACUGCCUACUGUGACUCCCAAUGUCAACGAGAGCAAUGGCCGACACACAAAGCGCAGUGUCGCAUAUUGAACAAGCGAAGAACGCUGCUAAGAAUUGCAGAACUGUUAAAGACCACCUUGCUCGCCUAUCGUGAAUGCGUAUAUGACAUCCCUCUGACCGGAGUCAAGUAUGAAGAAGGUAUCCUCCGCUUGCUGCUGGAUCCUAGGAAGAUCCCAUACCGUCCCUGGCAGAUACCCUUCCCAAGCGACCUGAAUAUUAGUCCUCAGCAUAAGGAAGCCGUACUAGCAACCAACCAAUGCACAACUGCCCAAUGCCUUCUUGGCCCCUUGGCUCGCUAUCUUCUCGCAGGAAUCAAAUCGACAUUCAAGAUUGCCGAAGUAAAUGCCGAGCCAAUAGUCCCGUGGAAAAUCGUAUGGUUAAACGAUUCUAAGGAGGAAUCGCGAAGCUUCGACUGCGCCGCCGUGACGCACACCAUCCUGCUUGUCUGGAUAGGUGGCGAGGGAUGGGUCGUCGAUAUAACAGGAUGCCAAUUCGGCUUUCAGGAGAUCCUCGUCCCGUUGAACACUUACUUCAAGAAGAGGGUAAGGAGCAUUUCCCGCGGACCAUUCGCGUAUACCGAGCACGAAACCAGCGACCUCGACGUCUUCGACUGCCAACUGGCUCUUAACGAUACCGAUAAGAAGCGUCUAAAAGCCGCGCACGAGCGAGCGGGCCGCUUGCACUUUGCAAAGUUUGUCAAGGAGCAUUUCGACCGCUACGAAUCUACACGUCCCUCGGAAGAGCUCCUCAGCGGUACUUCGGAGGAGUUCCAGGGUAAGCUCGCUCGGUUUGAGAGCAAUUUGAAAGCACAUAUGACGAGUUUUGUGGACUUUGCUUUUGGAAAGGAACGUUUAAAUUGGUCUGAUUGA